GCCUUCGAAGACGAUCCAGACCUUGAAGACCGAACUUGGAACCUCUUCUUCCAUCCCCUGGUUGAACCAGGAGUGCUGUACCGGGAGAAGAAGAGGAAGACUCCGAGUCCCGUCGUCCUGGGGUCAUGCUCUCGAGGGGAGGCCUCGACCGAUCGACGGUUUUGACGAUCUUCGCUGGUUUCCUGGUGGCUCUUGAUCUCCCUCGGACCAUCGACGCCCUUAAAGAUGCCUCCUCGAAAAACGCCGUCGUCAAAGCUGCUGCUCCAUCUCCUGUCACGGUGAAGGAGGGACGAGAUGGGAGGAGCCUUCUUUGGGGAGAAAAUUCCAACAAGGAAACCUGUCUUACCUCGAAGGGCGAAAUAGGCCGAUGUACAACCUUCAAGGAAUGCUAUCCUUAUUUCAAGAUCCCUGACCUAGGUGCACUCGAUGGAUGGGUCCUUGGGGUCUAUGAUACCUGCAGUUUCAUCCGGGAUGACGGUCGAAUGGGUUUUGGGGUUUGUUGUGCCAAUUCAACUCCACUUACUACACCCAUUCCGGAUUCGACCAUUGAUGAAGGCCCUAUUGUAGAAGAAGUGCAGGAAGAAGACGAGAAAAAGGAAGGAGCGAAACAGAGGCCGAGUAAACCUGCUUCUUGGCCGCCUCCAUUACCAACACAUCCGCCUAGUCACACAAUUCCGCCGCUACCAACGCACGAACCAUUUCCAGGUUUCCCGGCAGAUACCACGACGAAAUUACCUUCUUCUACAAAGAGACCUGCCACUACAUGGCCGACAAAGAAGCCCUGGUGGCCAGGUCUCGUUUCGACGACGACUCAAAAGCCGCAGACGUCACACCCCGGGGUGGGCACUACGCAAUGCGGUGCGAAAAAUGGUAAUCAAGAUCAGGAAAGGAUCGUCGGUGGACAGAGUGCCGAUCCUGGAGAAUGGCCGUGGAUCGCUGCUCUGUUCAAUGCUGGUCGCCAAUUCUGUGGCGGGUCUCUCAUCGACGAUCGGCACAUCCUCUCAGCCGCUCAUUGCGUGGCUCACAUGAAUUCAUGGGACGUUGCGAGGUUGACGGUCCGUUUGGGAGACUACAACAUCAAGAUCAGCAACGAAGUCCGACACAUCGAAAGACGCGUAAAACGCGUUGUUCGACAUAGAGGGUUCGAUUCUCGAACCCUGUACAACGAUGUGGCGAUACUCACCCUGGACCAGCCAGUUCCGUUCACGGAACAGAUACGACCCAUUUGUCUACCAACUGGGUCGCAAUUGUACCAGGGGAAAACAGCGACAGUAAUUGGCUGGGGAUCUUUGAGAGAAAGUGGACCACAACCAGCGAUUCUCCAGGAAGUUUCCAUUCCCGUGUGGUCCAACAAUGAAUGUAAAGCCAAAUAUGGAGCAGCGGCACCCGGUGGUAUCGUGGACAGUUUCCUCUGCGCGGGUCGUGCUGCCAAAGACUCGUGCUCGGGCGAUAGCGGUGGACCGUUGAUGAUAAACGACGGCAGAUGGACGCAAGUAGGAAUCGUCAGUUGGGGCAUUGGAUGCGGCAAAGGCCAAUAUCCAGGAGUUUACACGAGAGUGACACAUUUCCUUCCGUGGAUUCUGAAAAAUCUGAAAUAGCGAGGCUACAUUUGGAAUACAGAAACGUCGCAAUCGAUCGCGAAAGAAUUAUUUCGCUCUCCUGACAUAACUCGCUUAAGGUUUCGCAUCGAAAAACGCGUCGCCUUACCGUUGCAAGCGAGAGGGACGUAUGGAGAUACAUACAUCGACCUCAUCCGAUUGCUGAAGGCGACUAAGUAUUCGUCCAGUACUCAACCGAUUCUAGAUUUUUCUAAGAUGAAAAAUCGCCUAGAGUCCACGAGACGAUAUCCGAAUGCCAUAGCUGUAUUAC